AUGAGUGUAGACAGCCUUAUCAUAACGGCUAAGUUCCUCUACUACUACAGCCUACCACUGAACAGGAGCCCCUUCAACACCUUUGACAAUUCCACCCGUCCAAAACCUCCCACAUUACCGCUGAACAGGAGCCCCUUCAACACCUUUGACAAUUCCACCCGUCCAAAACCUCCCACAUUACUGCUGAACAGGAGCCCCUUCAACACCUUUGACAAUUCCACCCGUCCAAAACCUCCCACAUUACCGCUGAACAGGAGCCCCUUCAACACCUUUGACAAUUCCACCCGUCCAAAACCUCCCACAUUACCGCUGAACAGGAGCCCCUUCAACACCUUUGACAAUUCCACCCGUCCAAAACCUCCCACAUUACUGCUGAACAGGAGCCCCUUCAACACCUUUGACAAUUCCACCCGUCCAAAACCUCCCACAUUACUGCUGAACAGGAGCCCCUUCAACACCUUUGACAAUUCCACCCGUCCAAAACCUCCCACAUUACCGCUGAACAGGAGCCCCUUCAACACCUUUGACAAUUCCACCCGUCCAAAACCUCCCACAUUACCGCUGAACAGGAGCCCCUUCAACACCUUUGACAAUUCCACCCGUCCAAAACCUCCCACAUUACCGCUGAACAGAAGCCCCUUCAACACCUUUGACAAUUCCACCCGUCCAAAACCUCCCACAUUACCGCUGAACAGGAGCCCCUUCAACACCUUUGACAAUUCCACCCGUCCAAAACCUCCCACAUUACCGCUGAACAGGAGCCCCUUCAACACCUUUGACAAUUCCACCCGUCCAAAACCUCCCACAUUACCGCUGAACAGGAGCCCCUUCAACACCUUUGACAAUUCCACCCGUCCAAAACCUCCCACAUUACUGCUGAACAGGAGCCCCUUCAACACCUUUGACAAUUCCACCCGUCCAAAACCUCCCACAUUACUGCUGAACAGGAGCCCCUUCAACACCUUUGACAAUUCCACCCGUCCAAAACCUCCCACAUUACUGCUGAACAGGAGCGACGAGCAGCAAGAAACACGAGCACCUCCAGUCUAA